AUGGAAGGCAUCACCGAGCCAGGGCACUUCUCUGCCCACAAAGUGGCCUUCUACGAGCUUCUGUUACGGCAGCUUCAGGAUGAUGGCUUCGAGGCUGAGGUGCAGGCCUUGACAUCACAGCUGCGGCUGCAUCCAAACAACCGGGUGGACAAGGACGCUCUCUUGGAUGUCUAUGCGAAGAGCUUGAAGUGGGCCUUCGGUGAUGAGCCACGAGGGGAAUGGCAGCCUCUGCACUGCAUGCCUGUGCCUCCGCUUGGCCCACAGGAGAAAGUGCUCGAUCUUGAAGGGAUGCCGAUACCCACUGGUACUCUGCAGGCACCAGAUCCAACAAAGAAGCCUCCAGAAGUCAGGCUGCUGUACACUGCCUCGCACAAAUCCCACUGCCGAUCUGUGGCAUUCUCGACAGACGGCCGCUUCUGUGCCACAGGAUGUUCAGAUGGUAGCAUCAAGAUAUUAGACACCGCCAAGAUGCGAGUCUGCGCAGCCAGCACAGAGGGACCUGUCGGCCGGAUGCGUGUGACUGAGGAGGAGCUGAUGAAGCCGAUUGUCCGGACCCUCCAGGAUCACAUCCAGGGCGUGACAUGCCUAGCAUUUCAUCCGACGAAUCCGACUCUGUUCUCCGGAUCGAUGGACAAGGCGGUGAAGAUUUUCGACUUAACCAGACCGCCGGGUCACAAGAAGGCAUUCUCCGUGCUUCAGGAUGUGCAUGCUGUGAACAGCAUCUGUAUCCAUCCAUGUGGAGAUUUUCUGUUCGUUGGAACUUCUCACCAGGCAGUGCGUCUGUACGACCUGCAGACUUUGAGCUGUUUCACGACGGCUCGCCAAGAGCAGCAUCACACAGCAGGAAUCAACGACGUUCGCUGCACAAGUGAUGGUAAAGUGUUGGCAUCCGCAUCAGCUGAUGGUGGCAUCAAGCUUUGGGACGCGGUCGGCAACAGUGUUAUCAACACGCUCUCAAAGGCUCACAGUGGAUCUGCCGUGUGCUCCGUUCGGUGGAGCCGCAACCUGCGCUACUUGCUGAGCUGCGGUCAGGAUGGCAGGCAGAGACUGUGGGAUGUGCGCAUGGGGCGCGAGGUCUUCUGCAUGGGUUUUGGAGCGCGGUCUGCGGACACUGGAACCGCUGUGUUCCUCAAUGGGGAGAGGUACAUCGCUGCUUGCAGCAGCAAUGUCAGACUGAGUGAUGUCAGUCUCUUCGACUCCACCACAGGUUCGCCUGUCUUUAUGAAGCUGGGCAUGCACAACGUCCCAGUUCAUGCCCUCGAGGCUUCACCCGUUGACAGGACGCUCAUGACAGGGUGUGACGAUGAGAAAGCAAGAUACUUCAGCUUCGAGGCUGGCAGAAUGCGUUGCGACCAUGUGGCCCGGUUGAGCUGCUUUUUCGUGUGGCGGCGCAGGAGCGUCAGUAAUGCCACGGCUGCGGGUGCACAACUGCAAGCCUGGAAAAAAGUUGGCAUCCGCAACGCCGCAACGCAAUCAAUGAAACUACGGUACCAUUUACCAUCAUUUACCCUUGUGCUGUGUUCACGCGUUGUAAUGCGUUGUCCUAAUGUUGGCUUCAGAUACGUAGAACCAUCGCCACCCCUUGACUUGUCGUUGCUUUAG